AUGAGGGCCACCGCCUCGCUCUUCAAAAAGUUCCGCAAGCUGCCGCUCACGACAAAGGAUGUCAACAAGGGCUACUACAAGGGAAACCGGACAGGCAGCAUGGGUCGCCACACAAAGUACGGUGGAUACGUUGUCGACUACUCCAAGGUCCGGACGUACGUCGUGCCUGACCUGACAGACUUCCAGUUGACGCCAUUCGUAACGGCCAAGAUCGAGAACUUACACGGCCGAUAUGAGGGCUACACAAAGGGCCCGGCGAGUCCAGAGCUGUACCUCGAGCGGUGGAAGUCGGAGAACGGGCUCGAUUAA